AUGCAUACCAAAAUUUCCUUUUUUCCCCUUCUCCAAGCCUUUUGGCUCUCAUACACAGCAGUUGCAGCACCCUAUGAGACUCGUAUUUUCGAGGCUGGCACUACCUUUGUUGCCCCCGAAGUUCAUGGAACAUGGGCUCUGGCUCCUUUUGUUCGAACUUCCCCUCCAGAUCUUACAUACAUCAAAACCAGCAACACUGGUACAGGCACCGUCGAAGUUCAUGUAGCCUCCGGCUCUUCAAAGUACAAAACCCGGAUCCAAGAGACCGGAUCGACCUUUUUGGAAGAAGAAAAUGGCACCUGGCAACUCGUCGACUUUGAUGGUGACGGAAAACUUGAUUUGAUCUAUAUCAAGACAUCGAAUACCGGCACAGGCUAUGUCGAGGUCCAUGUUGCCUCUGGGUCCUCUACAUAUCAGACGCGAAUUCUCGAGACGGCCACCACCUUUGUUGAGGAAAACAACGGACAGUGGCAGCUGAUUGACUUCAACGGCGACGGUAAACUGGAUCUUGUUUAUAUCAAAAACCAGAAUACUGGCACAGGCUAUGUUGAGGUUCAUGUUGCCUCGGGAGCAUCCAACUUCCAGACGCGUAUCCAGGAGGUCCCUACUACUUUCGUAGAAGAAAAUAACGGAGUAUGGCGGCUUGUGAACUAUCAACACAGUGGACAUUUGGACCUUGCUUAUAUCAAAGAUCAAAACGCCGGAUCUGGCAAGGUGGAAGUCCAUAUUGCAUCUGGUGCCUCUACCUACAAGACUCGCGUGCAGGAGGUACCAACGACAUUUGGAGAGGAGACGGAUGGAGCCUGGCAGCUUAUCGAUUGGAAUGCGGAUGGUGUCCUUGAUCUUGUAUUCAUCAAAACUAGCAAUACAGGCACCGGUGACGUCGAGGUGCAUGUUGCGUCUGGAGCCUCCUAG